AUGGAGAAGUGCGCCCGCGCGGUGCUGAGGGGCGUCCACGCUCUUCGGGAGUCGCCCUCCUCCUUCCGCUCGCAUGCGCUGUCGCAGACGGACCAACCGCGCCCCGCCAGACGUCUGCCCAAGACCGACAGAGCUUCGCUCUCCCGCCACGACCCAAGCGGCGUGCUUUUCCCCUGUGUGCGAGACGGCACGUGUCAUGCGGCCUCUUUCUCACACUUUUCUUCGUCCUCUCGCGACACCUCGUCUUCUGCCGCUGACUCAGCUGCGUCGCCGCCUCCCUCUGGAGCCUCCUCGCCGUCCCCUGCUGCGGGCGAGGCGUCGCCUUCUCCUUCUUCUCCCUCUCCGUCGCCUCCCCUCGGGGCGCCGGCUUUCUCUCCAGAUCGCCUGCAUUCGCUCUUUGCGCGAGCCGACGUCCUCGCGAAUCUGCUGCACUCGCGACUGGCCCUGCCGCUGCUCUAUCCGCUCAACAGCGGCGGCGGCCUUACGAACCCGCUCAACGUGCCCGGGGGGUCGCCAGGCUCUGACGCUUCGGCUCUCAACUCCAUCGCGUCGAGCCGCUGGAAGCGCGAGGAAGUCGUCGGCGCGCUGGCUACAGUCACCCCUCUCGUAUUGGCGGCGACAAGCGUCAGCCGCUUCCUGAAGGCCGCCCACGCACUGUCCUACUACUCGGGCCCAACGUGCGGGACGCAGGUCAGCGGGCGGCGCCUGAGAGACAGGCGCGGAGGGACACCGCAGACGGAGGAGAACGACGGCGGCCGCGCACAGGCAGCCCCCGCUUUGGGCAGGUCGCGGGUUCACUUCCUGCGGCCGCAGCUCUGGCGUGUGCUGAAGCCUGGAGAAGAGGGCAGGACCAAACAUUUGAAGUGGCGAUAG